CCAAAUCAAUAAAUAAAAAAACCCGAAAGAGAAACGAAACUCAUUCCAUACGCGUUUUGCGUUUACCUCCUCUAUCUUUCCUCUGGUUCUGUUCUGUUCUCAAAAUAUAAAAACUCUUUCUUUCUCUCUCUUUCUGUGUCUCUCUCUUUUCCUUUAAUUGCAGAGAGCCACAUUCCUCGUCGGUCAUCCUCAAAAACUCGACCUUUUCCAUUUGUUUUUUUUCACACCCACGUUGUUUUUGUUUUGUUUUUUUUUUUUUUUAAAUAUUCAAAAGCAAAUCAAUCCCUUUCUCUUAUUCUUUGUUUUCAAUGAAAUGAAACUCAACUCAAUUUUUGCUCAGAUCCAAGGAAGAGAGAACCCACAAGCUUUCUCUCUAAAUUCUCCAAUGCCCAGAUCUAUUAUUAUCUCCUUCCAUUUAUACUAAACCUCACCGUUUUCUGAUUACUCACUGAAAAUAUAUUUAUUAAAAAAAAAAAAUUCAAUCUCUUUUUUGGUUGUUGUUGAAGGCAAAUUCAGAGCCGUCGGAUCGAGACCCAUCAACGAAAAUGAAAGGUACAAGCAGAUUCUUCACGAUCGGGCUCGUCGCAGCGUGGUACUCCUCCAACAUUGGAGUCCUAUUGCUAAACAAGUACUUGCUGAGCAAUUACGGGUUCAAGUACCCGAUCUUUUUGACCAUGUGUCACAUGACGGCUUGCUCGUUGCUGAGCUACGUGGCAAUCGCGUGGAUGAAGAUGGUGCCUAUGCAGACGAUUCGGUCCCGGGUUCAGUUCUUUAAGAUCGCGGCGCUGAGCCUCGUGUUCUGCGUGUCGGUUGUGUUCGGGAACAUAUCGCUCCGAUUCUUGCCCGUCUCCUUCAACCAGGCUAUUGGGGCUACCACGCCGUUUUUCACUGCGGUUUUUGCGUACAUUAUGACUCUGAAGAGGGAGGCUUGGCUUACUUAUGUUACUCUCAUUCCUGUUGUCACUGGAGUCAUCAUUGCAAGUGGGGGUGAACCGAGUUUCCAUCUGUUUGGGUUCAUAAUCUGUGUUGCAGCUACAGCUGCAAGGGCACUCAAGUCAGUGCUACAGGGGAUUUUGCUCUCUUCAGAAGGGGAGAAGCUGAAUUCUAUGAACCUCCUUCUAUACAUGGCUCCAAUAGCUGUUGUUUUUCUGCUACCUGCAACGCUUAUUAUGGAAGAAAAUGUGGUUGGCAUCACACUAGCUCUUGCUAGAGAUGAUCACAAGAUCAUCUGGUAUCUACUAUUCAAUUCAUCGCUGGCAUAUUUUGUAAAUCUGACCAAUUUCUUGGUCACGAAACACACUAGUGCACUCACUCUUCAGGUACUAGGAAAUGCUAAAGGGGCAGUGGCUGUGGUGGUUUCAAUUUUAAUUUUUAGAAAUCCCGUGUCGGUGACUGGAAUGCUUGGUUACUCGCUUACAGUCAUGGGAGUUAUACUCUACAAUGAAGCCAAGAAACGAAGCAAAUGAUAUGAUUCUGGAAAGCAGUAAGGGGAUUUUCCUAUAUUUUGUUCUUCUACAGCGAGGAUAGCAUCGACC